CUUUUGAUACCGCCCGCGAGUUUUCCGGGAGCCGCCGCGCGACUACGAGGGACUCUCCGGCGCCUCUCUUUGCGGAGGGAGGGUUGGUCGCCGCCGCCGGCGCUCCUUCGUCCGAACGUCUCCGUAGCUCGCCGUCGCCCGAUGCGUCCGCCGUGACGGGACCCACUUGCUGCCUCCUUUCGUUUCUGCCGCUACUCUGCGGGCUCGUUUCGGCCCCCUUCGUCACAACCCCGGGCUGGGUCCUUCCAGCGUCCAGCUUGAUCGUUUUGCUGCGAUUAAGUGUUCUCGUUACUUUCUUUUCCCCUGUUUCGUUUUGCAUCGCCUGCGACCCCGGUGUUCCUAUUCACUGCGGUGCAUGGUGCCUGGUUGAUAGAGGUCCGCUUAGCGGUCAGCUUCCGUCGUCCUUCCCUGGUCGUUAGUUGUUGUUGGUCGCAGUGGCUCAGACUUGCUAAAACUGCCCUUGUUUUUGUUUAGUUUCUUCUUUUUUUCUCGUUCUCGGUGUGCUGUUUAGUCAGAGGUGUUCGCGCGUUCAAUACUUCUCUUUAUCCGCCUUUGCAGAACGAUACAUUGUCGCAGUGACCAGUAUAAAUCUUCUAUGAUUGCAGUGCGGAGAGACAGGUAUUAGCCAUCGGCACUCGCCUGGCCUCGUGAAGUUAUUUGUUAACUUUGGCUUUUCACUUGAGCAAUGUUGGAACUGGUUUUCGACUGCUUGUAAAAUAUAGGCGCAUUUCUUUUUCUAGCGGAGAAAAAAAAAGUACGCUGAGCAAUCGACUUUAGGAAGAAAUUCUGUUCGUCCAUGGCUCAUCCUAGCUCGCUGUUCGGUGUCGACCGGGCAUUCUUCUCAAUCUCCGAUCUGUCGAACUUCGAAAUCGGCGACGAUGAAGGCACCUAUGACGUAGGUGUGGUCUCUGCGUGGCGAACGUCUUAGGCAGAACAGCCACAAAAGCGCUUAGUAGAAACAGGUAAUCUUUCUAACUCUCUCGCGUCUCCGUCACCUUGUUCUCGCUCGCCGUUAGCGUUUCCCUAGCUUUUCUGUCUGUUCCAGUUUAUAGUUUCGUUCAUUCUCCAUCGAGUGAACAAAACCAGCGCGCCGCUUCUGCCGCGAAAUCAGGAACGCGCGCGCUUUUGCUUUUGCCAGCCCCUUUUCGGCGCCAACCACCUGUGGAAUCCCUGCGCUGCUUUCCGAUCGGAAGACUGCGUUGCGUUGGACUCGGAACCGUUGUUCCCCGUUCUGGCUGCGGUGUUCACAGUGAACUGACGAGAACAUUUGCUCCGAGGCGUCGGCCGCCAUCGACGACAAACCCAUGCAAACCAGAGAGGCUUCAAGAGCUAAAUCUACCGCUACGCCAGCGACUGCCGACUCCAGCUUAGAGACAGAAGAAAAAGCUGCUCUUCUCAGUACCGCGCUCGCGCAAAACUGUUAUAAGGCACCCAAUAAGAAAAGAAACAACAGCUUAAGCUCUUCGUACCAUCCACGCCGGUGAAAAAAACAAACAGCAGUUCGGACUUCUUUUCCAGUCAGGCUUCGCAAUCGCCAUGAAACUGGACUUGUUACGCGCCACUCUUUGAAAUCCAACGAACUGCACUGCUCACCGUGUCCACUAGAACGACCAAGCCACUUCGCUGGGCUUCGGAUUCCGGGAACAAACAAUUUUUGCCUUCCUCGCAAGAUCCCCCCUUGCCCCAGGUCAAAGCGUGCCCAAACGCUACAUCGAUCGCACAGUUAAGAAGUCGUUCGACGUCGUGGGCACCUGAGUGCGGCUAAUGUGAGCGUCUUAAACCCGUUUCGCGCUUCACCAAGUGCGCAACAGACAAGUUGUGGCCGUUUGCUCCGAAACCGAAGUUUCCCGGAACCUUAAGCCUGACCGUCGCGUAUCCCUUUCUUGCGACGGUGUCGCCGUGUACAGCUAAAGUUCUUACGGCGAGCUAGUUUGAAGAAAAUAGGGUACUUAAGUUUUAGAAGAGUGAUUACCACAGGUCUGCGGUCGUUCGAACGUUGUUGCUCCAUUCGCAGUUGAUUCCCAUGCUUUGAGAAGACGCACGUGGCAACCGUAGACAAGCAAAAUUGGCAAAAGCAGUUAGAGCGGAAACGAGGCGUGUAGCCGAGCGGACAGACUUCGACGCUGGAUAUCGAACCAUGAUGCUACGCGGUGAAGGACAUGGGGCGCACCAGACGCUUACCAAGUGGCCACCCUGGCAGCUGGUUUCAGCGAAGAUGCAAGAGUAGUGACUCCGCUCAUUUCGAUAACAAACCAUCGAAUCGAACGAUAUACUAGAGCACACCGUGCGAGGUGUCAUCGAAACCCGAACGCCGUUUUGAGCCGGGCACGUGAUGAACCACUGACGUUCCGUUUUUUUUUGCGUGUGCGCGCGGGUGAUUGACUGAGGACGAGGCAAAGACUGAACUCGCAGUGGCGGACGACGACUCCGCGUCCUCGACUUUGUCGUGCAGGAAAGCGCCCCGACUUCUGCUGCCGCUGCUGCUGCUUCUGCGGACGUGAUGUGCUGAGCUGGGAGUGUGGCGGCCGAGCGAUGAGCGAAGCGCGCCGCCUGUUCUGGCAGCCCCUGUGGAUAGUCCUGGUCGCCUGGCAGUCGCUGGCCACGCUCUUCUUCUUGGCCAACCCUCUCGCGCUGCAAACUGCCGAAGCCGCCGCGCCGGCCAGAUCCGUCAUCAAGAUCGGGGCACUCUUCACCGACGACCAGCGCUCAUCGGCUAUGGAGCUGGCCUUCAAGUACGCCGUGAUCCGCAUCAACAAGGACCGCACUCUGCUGCCGAACAUUACGCUCAACUUCGACAUCCAGUUCAUUCCCAAGGGAAACAGCUUCCGAGCGGCCAAGAUGGCCUGCAACCUUAUCAGCUCGGGCGUGGUGGCCAUGUUCGGGCCCAACGAUCCGAUGAUUGGCGCGCACAUCCAGUCCCUCUCGGACUCGCUGGACAUCCCACACAUUGAAAGUCGGCUGGACCUGGAGCCUGACGUCAAGGACUGCUCCGUAAACCUGCACCCAGACCCACAAAUCACCGGCAAGUCGAUGCGAGACCUGGUCCAGUACCUCAACUGGACACGCAUCGCGGUCCUCUACCAGGACGAUAUCUCACUCAUCAGCCUCCAGGAGCUGGUGCGGCCGUUUCCACCCAAGAACGUGCAGUACCUGUUUCGAAGAGCAGAGAACUUCACGGCGACGCUGAUGGACAUCAAAAGCCGCGGAAUCUACAGCAUGAUCAUUGACGUGCGACCCGAAAACCUCACCGCAUUCCUCAGAGCGAUUUUGCAAAUCCAGAUGAACGACUACAAAUACCACUACCACUUUGCUACUUACGACAUCGAAGCCUACAACUUAGAAGAUUUCCAGUACAACUUCGUCAACAUCACUGCUUACCGAAUGGUUGACUCGGAAAACCAGACAGUUCGGAACAUACUCCGAGACAUGGAAAAAUUUCAACCGUUCGGGCAGAACAUCCUCAACCGUACUAACGUGAUAAUCACGGAACCCGCCCUCAUGUUUGACGCUGUGUACGCCUUCGCCCACGGACUCAACGACCUGCAAAGAAGCGCCACGCUGCGCCCGGCCAACGUCUCAUGCGAGGACGAGGUCUCGUGGACCGAAGGCACCAGCCUCUUCAACCUCAUCAGCAUGGUAGAUUUCUAUGGCCUGACAGGAAAUAUCCGGUUCAACGAGGGGAACCGGACGAGCCUGAAACUAGAUUUGCUCAAGCUUCGCCAGAACUUUUUAGAAAAAGUAGGUGAGUGGUCUACUAGCGAUGGUCUCAACAUUACCAACCACAAUGCCUUCCACGACUUUGGUACCUCCAACAUCACGCUUCGAGUGACUACCAUAGAGUCACGGCCGUACGUGAUGAUGAAGCAGAACAAGAACCUGACGGGUAACGACCGCUUCGACGGCUUCUGUAUCGACCUCCUUCGCACCAUUGCCGACUUGCUGGGCUUCAACUACGAGCUCUACCUGGUGCCCGACAAAAAGUUCGGCGUCGAGAACACCACCACAGGCGAGUGGAACGGCAUGGUGCGGGAGAUCAUCGACAAGAACGCCGAUCUGGCCGUAGCGCCCAUGACCAUCAACUACGCGCGCGAGUCCGUCAUUGAUUUCACCAAGCCCUUCAUGAACCUAGGCAUCGGCAUCCUCUUCAUGCUGCCCUCGGGCAUGCCCGUCAAGCUAUUCUCGUUCAUGAGCCCCCUGGACGUGGACAUCUGGCUAUACGUGCUGGCCGCCUACAUGCUCGUCUCCUUCACCAUGUUUAUCGUGGCGCGGUUCAGCCCCUACGAGUGGCGCACCCCGCACCCGUGCGUGCGAGACGCCGGCGUCAUGGAGAACCAGUUCAGCCUGGGCAACAGCUUCUGGUUCACCAUCGUAACCCUAAUGCACCAGGGCUGCGACCUCAACCCGAAGGCUACGUCGACGCGCAUCGUGGGGACCAUCUGGUGGUUCUUCACGCUCAUCCUUAUCUCGUCCUACACGGCCAACCUGGCCGCCUUCCUGACCGUCGAGCGCAUGAUCACGCCCAUCGAGAGCGUCGAGGACCUGGCGGAGCAGAGCAAGAUCUCCUACGGAACCCUGGACUCGGGCUCCACCAUGACCUUCUUCAGGGAUUCCAAGAUUGAGACGUAUCAGAAGAUGUGGCGGUUCAUGGAGAACCGUCCCGGAGUGUUCGUCAGCUCCUACGAGGAUGGAGUACAGCGAGUACUGCAGGGCAACUACGCCUUCCUCAUGGAGUCGACCAUGCUCGACUUCAUGGUCCAGCGCGAUUGCAACCUCACUCAAGUUGGUGGACUGCUAGACUCCAAAGGAUACGGCAUUGCCACGCCUAUGGGCUCACCUUGGCGCGACAAGAUCUCUCUGGCCAUCCUAGACCUUCAGGAGAAAGGCGUCAUCCAAAUGCUGUACAACAAGUGGUGGAAAAGCCCCGGACUCACCUGCAACCGAGACGACAAGAACAAGGAGGGCAAGGCCAACGCGCUGGGGCUCGCCAACAUUGGCGGAGUCUUCGUAGUGCUUCUCUGCGGGCUCGCCGUCGCCAUCCUCACCGCAAUCAUGGAAUUCUGCAUCAACUCUCGCAAGCAUGCUCAGACAGACAGGCAAUCGCUCUGCUCGGAGAUGGCCGAAGAGCUGCGGUUCGCUGUGCGCUGCCGGGCAUCGCGCCAGCGACCGGCCCUGCGUCGCCAGUGCUCCAAGUGCCUGACCACGACGGCCGCCAACACGUACGUGCCGAGCGCCAUGGACCUGCACGCGCAGGAGAACGGCAUCAUGCAAAUGCUCGAGAUGCGCAAGUCGCCGCUGCACUUCGACUGCACCGACUCCUAGCACAGGGCCGCGGAGGGGGCCCACCACCAGUGCGGUGGCGCUGGUGGAGGCGGCGGCGGCGGCAGCAGCUUGGCCUCCUCCUCGAACUACGACGUGCCGCAGCUGUGCUACCUGGGCGCGCGCCCGUCGACGAGCUUGCACUCGGCUUCCACGUCGACCAUUCAGCAGCCGGACUUCGGUGGUGGUCGCUGCCCGAUCCACCACCCCGCGGCGGCGCCCAGGCCCUCGCCGUCUUGAGGGCGACGGAAGGUGGCGGCGACGACGGCGAGCGCGGGUGGAGGGCGACGUCGCCACCGCCGACGUCACCGCGACGACGUCUCUCCCCGCUCGCCGUGCCGCCACCGGCGCUGGUGAGACUCGGGUCGCCAGCGAGGUGAUCCACUCUGGACUUCGAUGUAUGGUCUCGCUACGCGCGUGGCAGGGACUUCUUUUUGUUCCCUUGACAACUGGCAGUGGACUAUCUGCCUCCCGCGGAGGUAAAAGUUACGAAGAUGGCUUCAUGGACGCCACGUAAUGUACGUACUUCGAGGCUACACCUCUGCGGGCAGUGUGUGUGUGUGCCUGCGUGCACAGAGCCAUGUCUUCAGCACCCGCACAACGUGGACAGCGUGUCUUGGCAACAAGAGUUGUCGCCACUGGUGACACAAGCAAUCUUGGUGACAAUGACUAGGCACCUGUGGUGACGUGGUAUAGUGGACACGCACGUUCGGGUGACAAAGAAGCGAUAUUAACGGCUGAAAUGCUGCUACGAUGCACGUUUUUGUUCAUAACGUUUUGGUUGAAAGGUACGCCCCUAAACAGACUCGCUAGCUGAUGGUUUUCGGUGUUGCGAAUGCCAACCGAAGAAUGUUUCGAAGAUCGAUUAUGGUUAGUCUACAUUACCGAGCUGCAUUGUUGUCAAUGCACGUGAUGGUUUACAUCUAUUGAAUGAAGUAGUGUUGCUCGUCGACUGGUCGUAUGAGAAGGUAUCCAUUGAUAUAAUGUCAACGUGGUUGUCUGGAGUCAAGUUUAACCCAUAUACAUGAGAAUUCUGAGUGAGAAAGCCAACGUGGAACAAGGAGUUCACAGCAUGCCGGCGGCAUUACACAUGUUAAUCUCCGGGCAUAUUGUUCGCGGUAGAAGGGAUAAAUUCAGACAUGUGCAUUGUAUAUUUUUAUGACGGCAAAAAUCUCUGUAGUGCUAACGCGCAUUUACUGUGUUAUAUCGUAGUCACUGACUCAGCAUAAAGAUCUGCAUAAAGUACACUGAGAACAAAAUGUGUUAGGCUAGGGAUACAAUAUAGUGGCUUCAGCUUGUAGGAAAGAUGACAAAACGAAAUUACUGACUGUGAGUGGUACAACAUUAACCGGAAACGCUUUGGUAAUUUCUUCUUCAGAACGAACACUUCGUAUGUUCUCUUUCGCUCGCCUGCACGCCAAUUUUGCUCGUGACUCCAAGUUUCUCGUCGGCUUUUGUCUAGCUUAUUUGUCAGACUGGUCACAGCGUGUGUAGGACGUGUGUGGACGUAUUUAGAUGCUUCGCAGUCUGGACAAAUCAAGCAUGAUGCACUCAUGAUUCUGAGUGACAUGCAGCUUUUUCUGUCUUCUCAUUAAUUCCCUCUUUUUUUUCUUAACAUAGCUUACUGAAAGACAUUUCGCGAAUAUUAUUCCCUUCUUGGUCACCGGACGCUAUCGAACCUUUGGAACUUUCGAAUCUGUUUGUGUAUGGCACUUCAUGAUGUGUGUGUGUGAUCGUCACCAGUGGCACGAAUUCGAUGGGGUGUACCUUAUCGUAAGCACCAGCGACGGAAUAUUUGCCACGGAUGGACUUGUGGUCGUUUGCAGGAGUGUGUGUUGUUGUUCGUUUAGACUUGCACUUACUUCUGUCACAUUUUUUUUUCUCUUCAUCACUAUAUCUGAGCUAAAUUGCAAAGCAUCCUUGCACUAAAACACUUUUAGAAAAUUUGAAUCUAGAUACAACUUGAUCUCAUCGUUUUUGCCAUCUUAUCUUUCCGGUUGUUAAUAGAAGAAAACAUGCUUGAAGUGGCAGAACUGACUUAAGAGAAAAAAAUGUCUGUAGAUUAAGUAGAUUCACCUAAAACACACCUCAAAGCUCACAAUUAACAACGCAGUUAUCGGUGCCUCUUGAAAAGGCUUUGCGAAGAUGUUUUAGAUGGUUAGGUAGGAGCUUUAGCACAGGUUACGCUCUAGCAGGUGACAUUCAAGUGCUCGUCAUUCGUCGUUGCAGAGAACAAGCAAUGGAAUUUGUUCCCUUUCAAGGCUAUAGCAGUCACGAAAUAUAUUAAGCUCCACGUGGCUAUAGCAAGAAAUCUGAAAGAAGCUUUAAUCUUCAGAAACCGGAAAAGGCAAAGGCAAAAUGAAGGCUAGUUCUGUGGUAACGCAUUCAACCUGCAGAUGCAUGUGGAGUUUCACGUUAGUCCUGACGUGCCCAAAAUUGUUGGUGCGUUGCUAAAGAACAUCGGAGCGGAACAGUAAGAACUCGACAACCGUGACUCGCUAAAUAUAUGCCG